GGGUCCAAGACCACUAUUUUUAGCUUUAGUGAGUUUAACGUGCACCGUUUAUGGUCAAGUGGGAGAGGACGUCCAAAUGCCAGGCUUACCAAACGUAAAUGAUAUUAUGAUAGAAGACGUCCAAGGAAUCCGACGACAACAAGAACAACAAAGACAACAAAUACAACAGGAUCAACAGAUAAGGCAGCAACAACAAGCAGAAGUACGACAACAGAUAAUAGAACAGCAACAAAUGGACCAACAGAGGCAGCUACAGCAACAACAAAUAGACCAACAACAGCUUUUGGAAAGACAACAGCAAAUAGAGCAACAACGUCUGUUAGAGCAACAACAGAUUAAUCAACGUAGACAACAACAAAGAGGCUCGAAUGUACAAACAACAGAUAGGCCGAUAACAGCGGGGAACAUACAGGUGGUCUAUAAUGAUGAGCUGAGGAAUAUGAUGAAAACUUAUGACAUCACUGUUGACGAGAUCAGAAAGAUGCUGGAGAUAUAUGCUCAGGGAGGAAGUGCCACAAUUACCAAGACGAGGAAGAACCCGGAUACAGGGGUUCAAGAGGUAAUUACGUUAGACUUCGAACAGUUUACAAGCCCAAGUCGGCCCGGGGGUACACAGAUACCCACUAUAACCCCCGACGCCAAUCCACUACCCGGGGAACCAAUAGAACGAGGAAUGAAACCAGGUGAAGGUACUGAUGUCAUUAGCCCAGCGGAACCGAGGCUGGAGGAACUAAUGGACGCGGAAGCAUUUCUGCGGCAGAAGAUAAGGGAACUGGAUGCUCAGUUACUGGCUUUAGACAACGCAUACCGAAAUGGACAGCUAACAAGAGUGACCAGAAAUGAGAACGCCAUCUUAAACAGACAGCAGCGAAGGGAAGCUGAAAGAGACCUCAGAACGAUUCAACAGGAAAUCAGUAGAAUGUCACCUCAAGCCAGAAGAAAUCUACCUCCCAAAGAGGUCUUAGGUCCUGCAGAUGAUGGGCGUAUAAACCCGAUAGAUGGAAACAUGCCACCAUUAGUACGCCCAGGGGAUAUGGAUUUUGGACGUGGACAGUCGGGAGAAAUCGAUCCAACUCGACCAUUCCCAGAAACACGAUUGCCAGGUGAUGUGUCGUCCAGAAGAAUGGAGAGCAACAUUCGUCGUAUUGAAGAAGAAAAUAGACGUUUAUUAAUGCGGCUCCAAGAGUUGAGACGAAGGAGUCAGAUGUCGGGCCUUUUUGGAAGGGAAGCGGGAAAUAUGCCACGAAAUAGUUUUGAUUUGGAGAGUUUUGGUACCGGACGACCACCCUAUGGAAGGCUUCGUGAAGAGCUCUUGAGAAUAAGGGCCAGGGAAAUGGACAUUCUAAGAAGACUGAGAAUGUUAUCAUCACGAUACACUCAACUGCUAAAUAGGCGUGGAAUACCGGUUUCUAGAGACGGACUGACCAUGCGCCGACCUUUGAACAGGCGGAUUAGUUUCAAUGGCGGCAGGCCUCAAUUUACCGAUCGACGAACAUUAACGGGUAGCAUCAAUGGAGGUAUGAUGCAAAAUCCUCGAGUGCGCCUAAUGUAGACGGAGUUUAGACUACGGACCGGAAUAUCUUCAUGACAUACUUAAAUUCAUCUCAACCCUGUAUAUAUGUAUAUUCCCACCAUGCUCUUUGUUGCAAAUAAAGUAUUUGCAAUCAAA